ACAAAGAUUUUCUUAUAAUACUUCUAAAUCUUUAACACAAGAUUCUUUAGAAAAUUCUACAAUUCAGUUAGACCCUUCUACUAUGUAUUCUUCAGAUGAACCGAUGGAUUACUAUAAUGAACCUGCUAUAUAUUUUUCGAAAGAAUUAGAUGAAGAUAAAGAUUCUUGUGAAUUUACUUCUGAAACUUCUAGCAUUAAUUCUUACAAUGAAUUAAGUAGUGAUAGUUUAUUUGAAAAUGAAUUUUUUGAUGAUAUUGCUAAUAAAGCUUUAGAUUCAGAUAAAUUGUCACAAAAUAUUAAUGAUUUUUUACCAUAUUUUGAAAAUACAACUACUGCAUUAAUGUUUUGUUGGAUACAAAAGAAUA